GGUUUGAUUGUCAUCUUCCACACCUUUUGACUUAAAAUACCCCAAACUGCACACUCAGCAGAUUAAGACUGAAAUUUUGGGUUUUACAAGCUAGGAAGGAAGGAUCAUGGGGCUAGCUUCAUGCGUUGUUAACAAUUUUAUGGCUUUUUCUGUGCUUCUGCUGUGUUUUGUCUCCAUCAGUAUUGCGGCUGCCGGGAAACAGGUGCAGGAGGAAGGGCAGAAGCUGAGGUUUGGGCAGAAUGGGGAAUUUAAGAUAGUGCAAGUGGCUGACAUGCACUAUGCUAAUGGGAAGACGACGAAGUGUUUGAAUGUGCCUUUCGAUCAGGAGGCUGGCUGCUCUGAUCUCAAUACCACCGCUUUUACCCAGCGGAUAAUUCUAGCCGAGAAGCCCGAUUUUAUUGUUUUCACUGGAGACAACAUCUAUGCACGUGAUGCCACUGAUGCAGCGAAAUCUUUGGAUGCUGCCUUUGCACCUGCGAUUGCAUCAAAAAUACCAUGGGCAGCUGUUUUGGGGAAUCAUGACCAGCAAGGCAACCUAUCAAGGGAGGGUGUCAUGAAACAUAUAGUUGGAUUGAAGAACACUAUGUCUAAAAUUAAUCCUCCAGAUGCACCUGGUAUUGAUGGUUUUGGUAACUAUAACCUGGAGGUUGGUGGAGUUGAGGGGUCUGGUUUUGAAGACAAGUCUGUUCUCAAUCUAUACUUCCUUGACAGUGGAGAUUACUCCACAGUUCCUUCCCUUUGUGGCUAUUAUGAUUGGAUUAAGCUUUCUCAGCAGCUUUGGUUUCAAAACACUUCUGCAAAGCUUCAGAAAGCCUACAUGAGCCCACUGGAGGCUCAGAAAGCCUACAUGAGCCCACUGGAGGCUCAGAAAGCCUACAUGAGCCCACCGGAGGCUCAGAAAGCUGCUGCUCCUGGAAUUGUAUAUUUUCACAUCCCAUUGCCUGAAUUUGCCAGAUUUGACUCGUUGAAAUUCGUUGGAGAAAAACAUGAAAGCAUUGGCUCUGCACCUGUGAAUUCAGGCUUCUUCACAACCAUGAUUGAGGCAGGGGAUGUGAAAGCUGUUUUUACUGGUCAUGAUCAUAUCAAUGACUACUGUGGUGAGUUGAAUGGCAUACAACUUUGUUAUGCUGGAGGUUUUGGAUACCAUGCCUAUGGGAAAGCUGGAUGGCCAAGGAGAGCAAGGGUGGUGGUAGCAUCUUUAGAGAGGACUGAAGAGGGUACUUGGGGAGCUGUUAAGUCCAUCAAGACAUGGAAGCGCCUUGAUGAUGAACAUCUCUCAACUAAAGAUGAUCAGGUCCUUUGGAGUAAGAGCUCUGCAGGUAACAAGAGAAAGGAAUCAGUGGUGCUCACGAGGAGCUCUAGCUGAGCGUUAGCCGGCAACGCUUUGAGAAUGCCGGCUUUGAUGUCGGUUCAAAUGGAACAUUGUUAGUCGUGUUUAUUUUAAUGAUUUGGUGACUAAUUGUUUGCCUAUGUGUAACUGUUUGCUGUAACCUGUAAGGCAGCCGACAAUGAUCUGUCCACCAACUGUAUUAGCUGGACAGAAAAUUGAUCUAAAUAAUGCCAUUUAAAUUAU